UCCAUCCCGCUAGGCUAAUUUCAUAAUAUCCAAAUCAAAUUAAAAUUAAAAAAAAGACCAAACUUGAGUCCUAAGUUAAUCAUCAUAUUUUUUUUGUUGAGAUUGUUAACCGUUCUCCCUCGCAUCUCUUUCCCUCAAUUCCAUACCAAACGGACGUCUUUGAAAGCUGCAAACUACACCAAUUCUUGCUGUUUCAGAAGCACACUAUUAUUUCAUACUUGUAUCCUAAUUCUUGUUGCUGUUGUUGUUGUUACUAUCACACAGCAAUUUUACUUUGUUACGUGUUAUCUUAAUUAAUGUUGCCUCAGUUUCAGUGGCUCCAUUCUGAACUAACCAACAUUUGCAAGUCUCUAUUUCGUGUAAAGCAGUUACAUGCUUGCCUUUUGAAAACCCAUCUCUCACAAGACCCUUUUUACGCAACUCAAAUCAUUAGACUUUAUGCAUUUAACAAUCACAUUAACUAUGCCUAUCACGUGUUCGACAAAACUUCCACCCGAAGUGUCUAUCUCUGGAAUUCCCUGAUUCGAGCUUUUGCCAAGACUCAAAGAUUUAGCAAUGCAAUCUCUCUAUUUAGAACCAUGCUUGAGGCUGACGUAAGGCCUGAUAAUUAUACUUACGCUUGUGUUAUACGUGCAUGCUCUGAUAAUUUUGAUUUUGGUAUGUUAAGAGUUGUUCAUGGAAGUGCUGUGUCUGUUGGGUUGGGACUCGACCCUAUUUGUUGUAGUGCACUUGUGAGUGCUUAUUCAAAACUUGGUCUUGUUCAUGAAGCGUGUAGUGUGUUUAAUGGGAUUGAUGAGCCGGAUUUAGUGUUGUGGAACUCGUUGAUUUCUGCUUAUGUGUGUUCUGGUAUGUGGGAUAUAGGGAUUCAAAUGUUUAGCUCGAUGAGACGUUCUGGGAAGAAGCCUGAUGGAUAUACAUUGGCUGGAUUACUUGUGGGUAUUGCAGAUUCUAGCUUGUUGAGAUUUGGCCAAGGAUUACAUGGCUUAAGUCAAAAGAAUGGGCUUGAUUCUGAUUCUCAUGUAGGUAGUUUAUUGGUGAGUAUGUACUUGAGAUUUAAGUGCAUGGACUCAGCUUAUCGAGUGUUUUGCAGUAUUUUCAAUCCUGAUUUGGUUACGUGGUCUUCUCUAAUAGCUGGGUUUUCUCAGUGUGGGGAGUAUCAAAAAGCAUUGUUCUUUUUCAAGAAAUUAAACACGGAGAGCAAGAAACCGGAUUCUGUUUUGGUUGCUACUGUGUUGGCUUCUAUAGCUCAGACAGCGAAUGUAGUACCAGGAUGUGAGGUACAUGGUUACGUUCUUCGGCAUGGAUUGGAAUCAGAUGUCAAGGUCUCCUCAGCUCUCAUAGACAUGUAUUCAAAGUGUGGUUUUCUGAACUUGGGAACUCGUGUGUUCGAGAUGAUGCCUGAACGGAAUAUAAUUUCUUAUAAUUCAAUAAUUUUGGCUCUUGGCUUGCAUGGAUGUGCGUCCGAGGCUUUUUUGAUGUUUGAUGAGAUACUCAAGAAAGGAUUUAUACCUGAUGAAGCAACAUUCUCAGCUCUCCUUUGUGCUUGCUGUCAUGCUGGCCUGGUCAAAGAUGGCCGCGAGAUUUUCAAGAGAAUGAAAGACGCAUUCAACAUCAAAGCUAGACCUGAGCAUUAUGUUUACAUGGUGAAGCUUCUUGGCAGUGCUGGGGAGUUAGAAGAAGCCCACUAUCUCACUCAGUCCUUACCUGAACCAGUAGACAAGGCCAUUCUGGGAGCCUUAUUAUCAUGCUGCGAUUCUUAUGGAAAUUCUGAGUUGGCAGAAACUAUAGCUCAGCAGAUUUUUAAAAGUAAUCCUGCUGACAAUGUUUACAAGGUUAUGCUUUCGAAUGUAUAUGCUGGGGACGGGAGGUGGGAUGAUGCUAAGAAGUUGCGGGAUAAAAUAACAGGAGGUCAAAAGAAAAUGCCUGGAGUUAGUUGGAUUGAAGGCAAUUAUUAUUAAUUCUGAAAAUAUAGAUGUGCUUCAAAUUUGAUAGACUAUAACUGCUGUCAGAUAUAAAGAGGCAUCCCAGAAAGGUAUUAUAAUGUCAAACAUAGCUUUUCUAAACUUUUUCUUCAUGUAUAUCUUUUAACUAACUGGACUUGUAUAAUUAGUCUGGCUAAUAAUGUCUUGCAAGAGAAUAGUGCACUCUUAUCUGUAAAGUUACACAGUUGGGGAGAAUAUCAUUUGAAGUUUAUGUCUGAUACUGGUAGAAAGCAGCACAUUAAGAGUAACAGCUUGAAUUUUGUUUGUUUGUAUAUUAGAGCAAAUUGAUUGAAAUAUCUGUAACGAAGGAGCUCAUAACAGUGUAAAAUGUAACAUACUAUACCGUUUGGGCGAUGCAUUUGGCGACCCGUUAAAUGAGGCCAGUGUAAAAUAGGCUUGAGUUGUCUUUAUUAAAUACUGUAAUUCAUCACCAAUCUUACUUUGUUUCUUUUUCUCAGUAUUUUUUCAAACGUCUUAACAACAUAUAAAUAUGAUUCAGCAUAAACACUAAUUUUGUAUAUUCUUUUCUUUUACAAUUUAUGCCUCUUUGUGAAUUAGCAUAAAACUAUCUGAAAAUAAAUUCAACUACAUUUUUGCUUUCAGUAGCUAAACUCAGGUGGUGCCUAAAUACUUUCUCAUGCUAUUCAGAAAUUGAACUCUGGCUCUUUUUGGUGCAACCUUAAAUUGAUUUUACUUGCUGAACCAAUUGGUAACUUGUUAGGAUGCUAAAUCUAAACCCUAACAAAACUAGAGAAAAGCUGUAAAACUAAGAGAAGGAUAAAACUAAACUAUAAAAAUUAAAUUUCAUUUCUUUCAUUGAUAUCUCAAAUGUGUCAAAGACACUACAUAUAUAUAAUAAUACUAAAUUACUAAUGAAUAAUAAACUAAAGGCCCAAUACUAAUUAAAACCCAAUUCAACAAUAUUUAAAGAUCCUAAGAACAUUCUAGGGAACAUUACAAAAUAAAAUACUAAUCUAAAUUCUACUCCUAAUUUAAUAUCUAAAAUAUUUAUUUAAUCAUAACUCUUACUCUAUACAUAGUUUGGGAAACAGAAACCCUGAAAGUAGAAAUGCAGUGGGUUUUGUCCUUGUACCAAGCUCUUGCUGAUGAUUUCACUUCAGUCAGAUUUUGAAAAUUUUAGAAAAUUUAUGCUUCAUACAUAACUUGGAAGUGUGCAAUCCCCAGUUUAAUAACUAAUGUUCCAAAGUCCAAAUAGUACUCUGGACUUGCAUGAAAAUUGUAAUUAAUAUAGUCAAUUUUUUGAUAUAAAAGUUUAGGGCCCCGAGAUUUUAUUCUAUUACAAAGUCAGGGAAUGCCACAAACAAAAAAGUGGGAAGGGGGAUGUUAAAAUUUGCGUAACACGUACAUGCUUUUGAACCUUAACUUACUAUUUCUAAUAGCUAUU